AUGAAAUUGCUCAAGUUCCACUUGAGGUACCACCCUCCUGGCAUCAUACUGGAGUAUCUCCAGAAAGGAGUUGUCAAAAAUAAGGACAUUGAUCUUUUAGAUUUAAACGGGGAUUCAGACAUCAAGGAGGUAGCCAGUGGCCUUCACAAGAACGAGGUUCUCAUCACCGAAGAAGUUCGUGGUCAGCUGGAGAAAUGCCUGUCGAUGCUGAAGAAACGCAUCGAGCACGAAGGUCCAACAGGAAAGCGGUUCUACAUUUAUAAGACGUUAAUGACUCAUGUUUUACCACUCACCAAUGUCGCUUUUGAUAAAACUGGGAGCAGGUGUAUUUCUGGAAGUUACGACAGAACCUGCAAACUUUGGGACGUUGAGACUGGACUUGAGCUGAAAACUUUUUCAGGUCAUCAGAACGUCGUAUACUCCGUGGGCUUCAACUUUCCAGUAUGCAAUCGCAUCUUGACUGGUUCUUUCGACAAAUCAGCAAAGAUCUGGGACCCAGAGACUGGAGAAUGUCUUGCUACACUCAUGGGUCACCGUGGUGAGGUUGUAGCUGCACAGUUUAAUCCCAAGGGAGAUCUUGCAGCUACUGGUUCCAUGGAUCACACUGCAAAGCUUUAUGAUGCCCGCACUGGCCAGGAGAUCCAUUCGUACGCUGGUCACUCCGCUGAGGUGAUUGCUCUACAGUUUGACCCCAACGAAGGUCAGAGGAUGAUCACUGGCUCCUUCGACGGUACUAUAUCCUUAUGGGACACGAGGCUUGCUGAUCGGACAGCAGUCCUCAAAGGCCAUGACGGAGAGAUAUCGAACGUGCAGUUCAACUGGGACAGUUCUCUGGUGGGAUCCUCUUCUCUGGAUGGUAGCGCCAAGCUCUGGGAUGCUAAGCAGAGUUCAUGCCUUGCUACUGUUUCGGGGCAUACUGGUGAGGUACUGGACAUCUGCUUCGAUUGGGCUGGUAAACGCAUGGCCACGUCAUCCAGCGACUGUUCUGCGAGGAUCUACGAUGUCAAGGCUGACUUCAUGGAGCUAGCUGUCAUGAAGGGACAUCGCGAGGAAGUAUCUAAGGUGUGCUUCAGCCCUGCAGGAGGAUGUCUGCUGACAGCGUCAGCGGACAGAAGCGCUCGAGUGUGGAACACCAGCACAGGAAACUGCAUACAGGUACUCUCCGGGCACCAGGGUGAGAUCUUCUCCAGUGCAUACUCUUACGCUGGAGACGCUAUCAUCACCGCCUCGAAGGACAACACCUGUAGGAUAUGGAGGUGA